AUGUUUCGCCUCGCUUUCGCAGCUCGUGACGUACGUAGGAGGCCCGCCAGUGCUGCAAAUUUCUUGUUUCUCAAAAAUUCUGGUGCUGUACGUAGUGCCGUCGAAUCUAACCGUCUAUCUGGUUGCAUCAGGUCCUUGCGGAACUUAUCGUCUGCGCAGGACGUACAGCCACGCGUUUGUUCGGCGCUGGGAUUUUUGACCCGUAGAAGUCGCAUAAAUCUUCGAAACUCGCCACCAAAUCGCUUAUUUUCGACCAGAAUGGCUAGCACUUCCGCAACAUCCACUGCCACUGAGACGGUUACUGCUGUCCAGGGUGUGCAGAGCAUCCCACUAAAGGCGCCUAAGGAGCACGUGGAGAUUUUCCGCAAGGAUUACAAACCGACCAUAUACGACAUUGACAGCGUAUAUCUCGACUUUGACCUUCAUGAGACCGCAACAGUUGUCAAGGCGGAGUUGGUGAUGCACCGUAAGGAAGGCACCGCUGCCGCCGACCUGGUCCUGCACGGAGAAGACCUGGACUGCAAGAAGGUCUCCGUUGACGGCCAGGAGUUGGAAAACCGGGCCAUCUCGGGUUACAGCAUUGACGACGGUAAUCUGACGAUCCCUGUCUCAUUUUUGCCGUCCGAGGCUGGCAAGGUUUUCAAGGUGAACACCGAGGUUAUCAUCAACCCUGAGGCUAACUUGCAGCUGUCUGGAUUGUACAAGAACAGCAACUUGUUCACCACCCAGUGUGAAUCGCACGGUUUCCGCCGCAUCACCUUCUUCCUGGAUCGCCCGGAUGUGCUCUCCAGUUUCCGCGUGCGCAUGCAGGCGGACAAGGAGAAGUACCCAGUGCUGCUAUCGAAUGGUAACAAGGUUGCGAGCGGCGAAGACGGCGCGAAGCACUUUGCCGAAUUCGUUGAUCCCUAUCGCAAGCCUUCAUACCUUUUUGCGCUUGUUGCGGGCAAUUUGAAGUCAAUUAAUGGCACCUUCCGCACAAUGAGCGGGCGUGAUGUAUUGGUUGAGGUGUCCUCUGAACCCGAGGACUCCACGAAGCUGCAAUGGGCUUUUGAAAGUGUAUUGAAGGCCAUGAAGUGGGACGAGGAAACGUACGGACGUGAGUACGAUCUUGACGAGUUCCACGUCGUUUGUACCCGCGCUUUUAAUUUUGGAGCCAUGGAAAACAAGGGUCUCAACAUUUUUAAUUCAUCGCUGCUUCUAGCUGAUGUGAACACGACCACGGAUUCCGAAUUCAUAACCAUCAUGAGCGUGGUUGGGCACGAGUACUUCCACAACUGGACCGGUAACCGUGUGACAUGCCGUGACUGGUUCCAAUUAACUUUGAAGGAAGGUUUGACCGUCUUCCGUGAGUCCGAAUUUGCGGGAGACAUGUCGUCUCACUUGCUUACCAGGAUCACCGACGUGCGGAACUUGAUCACCUACCAGUUCACCGAGGACGCGGGCCCCAUGGCGCAUCCGAUUCGCCCUGAGAGUUACAUAUCCAUGGACAACUUCUACACCACUACAGUUUACGACAAAGGUGCUGAGGUAAUUGGCAUGUACAAGACCCUACUCGGUAAGGAGGGCUUCCGUAAAGGCAUGGAUCUUUACUUCAAGCGCCAUGACUUACAGGCUGUCACAUGCGACGACUUCCGCGCUGCCAUGGCUGAUGCGAAUGGCGUUGAUCUCACCCAGUUCGAGCGCUGGUAUUACCAGGCUGGUACUCCCCAGGUUGAGGUUGUCGAGGCUGUACGUGAAGGUGAUGAGUUCCGUUUGCGUUUGAGGCAGCACACCGAUCCGACACCGCGUCAGGAAAUAAAGCUGCCAUUCCACAUCCCUAUCAAAUUGGGCCUGUUGGGAAAAGCUUCCAAGCGGGACUUGAAGGGCACGGUCGUUGUAGAACUCCGUAAGGACGAAGAAACUUUCACCUUCACCGGUAUCAACGAGGAUUGCGUGCUAUCGUUCAAUCGCGGAUUUUCGGCUCCAAUUAAGGUGAAGUAUGAGCAGAGCGACGAGGAUCUUCUGUUUUUGAUGGCCCACGACACUGACGGAUUAAACCGCUGGGAGGCGGGCCAGCGUAUGCGCACCAAUGUUAUUCUUUCAAACAUCGAGCAGCCUUCUGCCAUUAACGAGGCCAUUUUUGACUCUAUCAAAUCCAUACUGGCGUCUGAUUUGGACAACAACGAGAAGGCCUUGUGCAUAAUGCUUCCGGACAUUCAGGCUGUGGUUGCGGAGCUCCAAACCUACGACCCGUACAAACUCUGGGAGGCCACACGCCGUGUGCGCAGAUCCAUUCUUGAAAAGUGUGAAACCGACUUCCUUCGCCACUACGAGAGCCUCUGCUCGGAGGUGGACACUUUGGAGAAGGACGACAUGUCCCGCCGGUACUUGCGCAACACGUUAUUGGGCUACCUGGUGUGCCGUGGAGACGAGGCAGCGGUUGAGCUUGCGCUAAAGCACUACCGUUCUGCGCGCACCAUGACGGACCGUUUCAGCGCAUUCGUCCAGCUGAUGAACAUGGAUUUUGCAGAAAAGGACGUGAUUGUCGCCGACUUCUACGAAAGAGCCAACGGCUUUGCAUUGGUGAUCGACAAGUGGUUUACUGCUCAAGCCAUAAGCGACGCAGCGGACUGUUUGGAACGCGUUAAGGCCCUGGCUUCCAGUAAAGAUUUUACCAACACCAACCCCAAUCGCGCAAACUCCCUGGUCCGCGCUUUCACGCGCAGCGUGCGUUUCCACGACCCUUCUGGCGCGGGUUACAAGUUUUUAGCCGACCAAAUUCUCGGCGUAGACCCAAUUAACGCCCAUGUGUCGUCGCACCAGGCGAUUCAUCUAACGAAGUUCAAGAAGCUGGACGAGUCGCGCCGUUCCCUCAUGAUAGCCCAGUUGCAGCGCAUCAUCAACACCGCCAGCAUUUCUAAGAACCUCUACGAGGUCGUCCAGAAAUCAUUGGUAUACGCCAAAGAACAGGGGUUUACAAAUUAG